GCCCGUGGUCUAUUGCCGAUCAAUCGCUUUCACAAAUGGCGGUCUUAAUCAUACUGAGUUUUUGUGUUAUAAAUGCUUUGUGUUACGAGUCAGGCUCAUCCGAAUUAAAUCGCAUAGAAUUUACACCUCUAUAUGAAACAAUAAUUUAUAGCGACAUCGCAGACAUAAUUAAAGACUAUGAAAACAACGCGAAUCCGCCAUUAGAAACUUUUACCAACAACGAUGACAAUAGUGAAAGUGACGAAAAUAUUGAGGAUUUGUUAUCAGAGUAUCAACAUUAUUUAGAAAAAGCUCACAAACAGAGACGAAAUUAUUUAGAUAAAUCCAAAGGCAAAAACAAAGUUCCGCUCACACAACGCGACAGGUAUUCAAAGAGCCUCGCGGCCAAGACUAAUAAACACGAAGACUUUUACUACAACCCGAACACUAUACCGUUCCCUAAAACUCAAUUCAAUGCGCCAUUAGAUUUUUUGAUCCCAAUCAAUAUGAUGAGGUCGAGUCCAUAUUACGGCGAACCCAUCAAGCAGCAGGUUGAUCCAGCCAAACAAUUUCCGAUAGAACAAGCGAGUCCAGACGUCAAAAUGUUAAACCUUCCGUCCGGUGUGUCAUCCUCGGUAAGAGAUAAAAUACCUUCGUCUUGUUACUGUGAUGCUGACACGUUCCCCUGCGAGUGCGGUUGUAAGCAAUGUCUGAUAGCAUUCCCUGAACCCGGUGCGCGUAGAAAGCAAAACGUAGACGAAAAAGGCAAACCGACCGCCAUUGAAACUAGCCUGAACAAAGACGUGCGGCCCAUUAGCGAUAACACCAUAAACAUAAAAAUAAAAGUUGACGUACAAUUUCCACAAGUACAACAAGGUCUUGGUGAAAUGUUAAUGAAUAAAACGAAUGACAAAAUCAUAGAGCGUGGAAGUAUUUCUAAGGAGUCUAACAUAAACCUACCAUUCCCGUUUUUAGGCUUUCCUUUUCCUCUAGAAAUGUAUGACCUUCAGAAAACAAACAAGAAUACACCGCCCAUUCACAAAAUAACUAUUCAUAGGAAAAAGAAAGCGAAGGCUGGCAGUAAUGGCAAAAGGCACAGAAAAAAAGUUAUAACGUAUCAUGACUUAAAAUUGGAACAAGAACAUUCAACGCCACCAAAUGUGGAUGAAAGCUACAAAACAAGUGAUUUAAAACAAAAAAUAGAAACUAACACUAAAAUUAAUCAAUCAAAUGACUGGAAUAACACACAUGUAGAGCAAGCAAAUAUAAUAUACACGGACAAUUUUAUUGACAAAACUACGAAGAUACCAAACACGAAUGAUACAAAAACUGACGACAAUAAUGACAUUAUGGUUAACAUAACUCAUUCUUAUGAUAAUGCUACCGAAGACGCUCGCAGGAAUGAGAACAGCAUUGAAACAGAUUACACGAGGGGCACUUCAAACGCAUCUACUGAAGAGCCAUCUUCGAGGAAAAAACGGGAAGUUACCAGUCAAAACAGUUCAGCCAUUGAAAUUUCUGAUCCCAAAAAUGUUUCCGAACAACAAAAAAUAAAUAUGAAUUCGAGUGAAACAAUAAAAAAAACAGAUAAAUUUUUGUCUGACAACGACGAACUUUUAUACUGGCCGAACAACGCAAAAGGACUGGCUCUUGUAAACUCAAAGAACAUAACAAGUAUUAUACUGGACAGAGAAAGUAAUAAGGAAAAGUUAAAUUUGAGCGCAGAAACGAUACGUCACAAUCGUUCUAAGGCUCUAGAAGAAGCUAUAUUCGGAAAAGUAGAUUGGAAUGAUGUAGACACCGUUGCACCGGCGUUUUUGUCCUUCAUGGGAAAGUAUAUUAGAGGAGCGUUGUCCUUCUGUUCCGACAGUAUCUGUCAUUCUAUGAAAUGCGCAGAGAUGAUGUGUGUUCAUAGAACUUGCGCACCGACGGACAGAACUAACAAUAGGGGGCACUGCGCCGGAUCCAACACUACUGAUAGCGUCGCAUCGAUGGAGUCAAUCAUGGAUUUACCAUCAACCCUUGCCCUAGAGACAGUGGACAUACUACAGCAAAAAAUGCUAGGAAAAUUGUUCGGUAAAGCCACUAUAAGCAUAGGUUCAAAAUGUGUUACAUUCACAGCGUCCAAGAAAAGCUUUACGAAAGUAAAAUGUACACCAAAGGAACUAGACGCUACCGGCCAUUGCUCAGUUUCCAAAACCACUAAAGUUGCGUAACAGUUCUUAUCUAUGUUUUCAAAAUAAAUGGAGUUGUAGUAACA